UGGGGAUCUGCUCCGGCCAGAGCAGGAGACAGGAGGGAUAAAGGGGGUCCCUGCAAAAGUUAACAAGAAAAUAAAGAAAAGAGACACAAUUAACCCACCCAAGAAGACAGAACCCUGGAGGGACUAGAGGAUUCAUCUUUCAUAUAUUGCUUUCUCUAAAGGAUUUAGAAGUCAUCUUUUUUUUUUUCUAAUUCCAGCUGCAGCGAUUAUUUCAUGUGCUACUAAUAUUCCGGAGAAGUUGAUGGAUGGAAGGGAGUAAAUUGCCUUCUCUCUACUACAAUUACAAGGUUUAGUUACUGCUCACAAAAAGAAGGUAACAGCUUAAAUUGAUAAAUAUUUUCAGUGGAGUUUUUGGCAUUUCUUUCAGUAUUGUUUUGAAACAACUCUGUUCAAGUUUACGGCAGAUCUCCCCUCCUGCUGCGUGUGGAUCAAGCCGUGCCAAGGCAAGAAGUGUGAAGUGCUCUUUUUGUAUGGGCUGCAAUAGAUGGGAAGCAGAGGGAGCCCGCACUUACACAGGGGGGUUUGCUUUUUCAUUUUGGGAGCGCUUGAUGGUGUCAGGCAGAAGUGUUGAGAGAGCUCCUUCCCUGCUGCCUACUGGGAUUUAGAGAUUUCAGGAGCCAGUAUUGUACCAGCCUUGGUGCCCUGCUGCUGAAGGCAUCUGCCCCCUCCUAUCCUCCUGACUCUUUGGAUUUACCCUUUCUGGGGAUACUUGCUUAUAUUAAGCUUAGCUGGAUUUACAAACUAAGAAAAAAAAAAGAAGAAGGAAUUCUUGAAAAGUUUAUUUUGUUCUCAUUCUCAAUUGUUUUGGAUUUCUCUGGCAUGAGAUUAUUUGGUGGCACAAUUUAACUACAAUGAUCGCGGAGUUUUCUCACUUUUGUCUGCUUUGUGGAAUGAUAUGCAUCUCUGCAGGCUCUCGUCUACGUCAAGAGGAUUUUCCACCCCGCAUUAUAGAGCAUCCAUCAGAUCUCAUUGUGUCCAAAGGUGAACCAGCCACAUUAAACUGUAAAGCAGAAGGCAGGCCAACACCUACAAUUGAGUGGUACAAAGGAGGAGACAGAGUAGAGACUGACAAAGAUGAUCCCCGUUCCCAUCGAAUGUUGUUGCCAAGUGGAUCUCUAUUUUUUUUACGAAUAGUACAUGGACGUAAGAGUAGGCCGGAUGAAGGAGUCUAUGUUUGUGUUGCACGGAAUUAUCUCGGAGAAGCUGUGAGCCACAACGCAUCACUGGAAGUAGCUAUAUUGAGAGAUGACUUCAGACAAAACCCCUCAGAUGUAAUGGUGGCAGUGGGGGAACCUGCGGUAAUGGAAUGCCAGCCUCCUAGAGGUCACCCAGAGCCCACAAUAUCCUGGAAAAAAGAUGGAACCCCUAUAGAUGACAAGGAUGAACGAAUAACUAUUCGUGGAGGAAAACUUAUGAUCACUUAUACCAGAAAAAGUGAUGCUGGGAAAUAUGUAUGUGUUGGAACUAAUAUGGUGGGAGAAAGGGAGAGUGAAGUGGCAGAACUUACUGUUUUAGAAAGACCCUCCAUUGUUAGAAGACCCAGUAACUUGGCAGUUACUGUAGAUGACAGCGCAGAGUUUAAGUGUGAAGCCCGAGGUGAUCCAGUUCCAACAGUUCGAUGGCGAAAAGAUGAUGGGGAUCUGCCUAAAACAAGAUAUGAAAUUCGAGAUGAUCACACAUUGAAAAUUCGGAAAGUCACGGCAGGGGAUAUGGGGUCCUAUACAUGUGUCGCUGAAAAUAUGGUUGGAAAAGCAGAAGCCUCAGCUGUUUUAACAGUUCAAGUUCAGUCUGAACCUCCAAAUUUUGUUGUAAGACCUCGUGACCAAGUUGUUGCCUUAGGCCGCACAGUAACCUUUCAGUGUGAAGCAACCGGAAACCCACAACCAGCUAUUUUCUGGCAGAAAGAAGGGAGCCAGAACCUGCUGUUCACCUACCAACCUCCGCAAUCAUCAAGUCGUUUCUCUGUGUCUCAGACUGGUGACCUCACUAUUACUAAUGUUCAGAAGUCUGAUGUGGGAUACUAUAUCUGCCAGACACUGAAUGUUGCUGGAAGCAUAACAACAAAGGCCUUCUUAGAAGUUACUGAUGUGGUUGCUGACCGUCCACCUCCAGUCAUUCGUCAGGGCCCUCUGAAUCAAACAGUAGCUGUUGAUGGCACAUUAGUAUUGAACUGUAUUGCUACGGGUAUUCCAAUUCCCACAAUCCACUGGAGAAAAGAUGGCAUCCUCAUCCCAACCCAAGACUCUCGGAUGAAACAGUUAGACAAUGGAGCCCUACAGAUCCGCUAUGCUAAGUUGAGUGACACCGCUCGCUACACCUGUACUGUUUCUACCCCAAGUGGUGAAGCAAAUUGGAGUGCCUACAUUGAAGUACAAGAGUUUGGUGUCCCAGUACAACCACCAAGAGCUACUGACCCCAAUCUGAUCCCAAGUUCUCCAUCGAAGCCGGAAGUGACCGACGUCAGCAAAAACACAGUAACAUUAUUUUGGCAGCCCAAUCUCAAUUCAGGAGCAACACCCACAUCAUAUAUUAUAGAAGCCUUCAGCUAUGCAGCAGGAAGCAGUUGGCAAACUGUGGCGGAAAAUGUCAAGACUGAAAGGUUUGCCAUUAAGGGGUUAAAACCUAAUGCAAUCUACCUCUUCCUUGUGAGAGCAGCUAAUGCUUAUGGAUUAAGUGAUCCAAGCCCAAUAUCCGAUCCUGCAAAAACCCAAGACGUUCCCCCUACAAGUCAGGGUGUGGAUCAUAAGCAGGUGCAGCGAGAGCUGGGCGAUGUGGUGCUGCACCUUCAUAAUCCAACAAUCCUUUCCUCUUCGUCAAUUGAAGUCCAUUGGACAGUGGAUCAACAAUCACAGUAUAUCCAAGGUUACAAGAUUCUUUAUAGACCAAGUCCAGAAAGUCGCGGGGAAUCUGCAUGGUCGAUAUUUGAAGUGCGGACUCCUGCAAAAAACAGUGCAAUUAUUCCGGAGCUAAAGAAAGGUGUCAAUUAUGAAAUCAAGGCCCGGCCUUUUUUUCAAGACUUUCAAGGAGCUGACAGUGAAGUGCGAUUUGCAAAAACCCUGGAAGAAGUACCCAGUGCUCCCCCUCAGAGUGUUAUUUUAACAAAGAGUGAUGGUAAUGGUACUGCAAUUGUGGUAUCCUGGCAACCUCCCCCUGAAGACACGCAAAAUGGAAUGGUCCAGGAAUACAAGGUUUGGUGCCUUGGCAAUGAAAGUCGGUAUCAUAUCAACAAGACAGUGGAUGGUUCUACCCUAUCUGUAGUUAUCCCAUCCUUAGUUCCUGGCAUCAAAUAUAGUGUGGAAGUUGCCGCCGGUACUGGGGCAGGGCCUGGUGUAAAAAGUGAGCCACAGUUUAUCCAGUUGGAUUCAUUUGGAAACCGAGUGUCCCCUGGUGAUCAAGUCAGCCUCGCUCAGCAGAUCUCUGAUGUAGUGAAGCAGCCGGCCUUUAUAGCAGGGAUUGGUGCAGCAUGCUGGAUUAUAUUAAUGGUUUUCAGUAUCUGGCUUUAUCGUCAUCGAAAGAAACGUAAUGGACUUACCAGUACUUAUGCUGGGAUCAGAAAAGUCCCGUCUUUUACCUUCACACCAACAGUGGCAUAUCAACGGGGCGGAGAAGCUGUAAGCAGUGCUGGCAGGCCGGGGCUCUUAAACAUUGCAGAGCCAGCUAAUCAACCAUGGCUUGCUGAUACCUGGCCAAACACCGGAAGCAAUCACAAUGAAUGUCCCAUUAAUUGCUGCACAUCUGGAAAUGGAAACAGUGACAGUAACCUCGCUACCUACAGCCGUCCAGCUGAUUGCAUAGCAAAUUACAACAACCAGCUGGACAGCAAACAGACGAACCUGAUGGUGCCUGAUUCAGCGGUUUAUGGUGAUGUAGAUUUAAGCAACAAAAUCAAUGAGAUGAAAACCUUCAACAGUCCAAAUUUGAAAGAUGGCCGCUUUGUCACUCCAGCUGGACAGCCCACGCCUUAUGCCACCACUCAGCUCAUUCAGUCAAAUAUAAGUAAUAAUAUCAACUCUUCUGGCGUUGACAUAGAUGAAAAGCAUUGGAAGCCAUCUGCUCAGCACAAACCGGAUGUACCACCAAUGCAGUACAGCAUUAUGGAGCAGAACAAAAUCAACAAAGACUACAGGGUGGCGGACACGAUGCCUGCAACAAUACCAUACAACCAGGCGCAUGAUCAGAACACCGGUGGCUCUUACAACAGUUCUGAUCGGGGGAGUAGUACUUCUGGAAGUCAAGGUCAUAAGAAGAGUACUCGCACACCUAAAGUAUCGAAACAAGCUGGCAUGAAUUGGGCAGAUUUAUUGCCUCCACCCCCUGCUCACCCUCCACCCCAUGGCACUGGUGAGGACUAUACACUGUCUGCUGAUGACAGCUAUGACAGAGAACUGCCUUGUCCUAUGCCACCAACACGGAUGUACCUUCAGCAAGAUGAACUGGAGGAAGAGGAUGAGAGAGGACCCACACCACCAAUCAGAGGGGCUGCAUCUUCACCAGCUGCUGUAUCCUAUAGCCACCAAUCCACUGCCACUCUUACUCCAUCACCCCAAGAGGAGCUUCAACCGAUGCUGCAGGACUGCCAAGAUGAGCUUGGUCAUAUUCAGCAUCAUCCUGACAGAAGGCGCCAUCAGAUCAGUCCUCCGCCACCUCCACGACCCAUAUCUCCACCACAUACAUAUGGUUAUAUUUCUGGACCAAUAGUUUCAGAUAUGGAUACAGACGUUCCUGAAGAGGAAGGAGAUGAAGCAGAAAUGGAAGUUGCUAAGAUGCAAAGUCGUAGACUUCUUUUGCGUGGCUUGGAACAGACUCCUGCUUCUAGUGUUGGGGAUUUAGAAAGUUCUGUAACUGGUUCUAUGAUCAAUGGAUGGGGAUCCGCCUCGGAAGAAGACAAUGUUUCUAGUGGACGAUCCAGCGUCAGCUCGUCUGAUGGUUCAUUUUUCACUGAUGCUGAUUUUGCACAGGCUGUUGCAGCUGCUGCAGAAUAUGCUGGGCUCAAAGUAGCAAGACACCAAAUGCACGAAACAGCAGGAGGCCACAGGCAAUUUCACUGCCCUAGACCUACAAGCCCUGUAUCCACAGAUAGCAAUAUGAGCACUGCUGUCAUGCAGAAAAGCCGCCCUGCCAAAAAGCAAAAACAUCAGCAAGUGCAUCUACGAAAAGACAUCUACACAGAUGACUUACCACCUCCUCCAUUGCCCCCUCCAGCUAUAAAGUCCCCAACUGGUCCAUCCAAAGCCCAGCUAGAUGUGCGUCCUGGGAUGUCACAAAAGUAUAUGGCUGCAGAUCAAAGAUUAGAACGACCAACAGAAAGAAAAGGCGUAAACUACAGAGGGAGAGAAGGUGCAGAGAGUAGACAACAGGGGGAAAUAAGAACACAUUCGGGAGAGAGGAGAGAAUCACUAGAACAGCAAAUUGAUGGGAAGAUGAAAAGAGGGAAAGUAUCAAAGAGAGAUGGAACACCCACAAAAGCUCAUCAGCUACCAGAGGAUAUAUUACCUUAUGCCAAACCAACAUUCCCCACAUCAAACAACCCUAGAGAUCCUAGUUCCUCCAGCUCAAUGUCUUCUAGAGGAUCUGGUGGAAGACGAAGGACGGAGCAACCAGCAGGUCGCAGAAAUGCUGCAGAGAUGCAGCUAUUAGGAACAUAUGAACAUGGCGUUGACGAAGAUGACAUAGAGGAAACAGAAAGUUGAAGGCAAAAGAUGGAAAACGGUAUAGAAAUAUAAAAAAAAAUCCUUCAAGAUGCCUCAAGUUGAAUGACGUUAUACCAGAGAUGCUGUUCAGUGCAAUUAAAUUGUACACAUUAUCUCAUUUUUUUAUCCAUGAUAUCAGCUGAACUCAUUUCCCUUCAUUUGUUUACACCCUUCUCCCUACGUAUUAGUCUUCUUGACUCUUCUCUUUAGCAGCACUUAUCACGGCACCUUCUAGUUUCUUCAACCAUAUAAAGGCAAGCAGUCAGCUCUCUGUGAAUCCGGUGCCAAUGCUGCUUUUUUGACAUUGGACAGCAGAAGGUGCCAAUACUGGGAUCCUACACUCGUUGCCUAUGAAGCUUGUCACAUCUGUUACCUGUCAUGUCCUAAACUGAGGCGAUGCAGUGCACUGCCUCCGUAUCACCAAAGCAUCCAUGUCCGUCUAUAAUGUUAAAAACAGCCACUUAAAGGAGUUUCACGCACAAAGGUUUUAUUGACUGUGUGGUAGGCUGUAGUUGAAAAAGAUAUUUUCAUUGCGAAACGUAAAGAUUACUGUUGCAACAGUAUUGCCCUUUUUAACAAUAGUCAAAUACAUUUUGGAGUUAGUUGCAUUGUAAAUAUGUACUUUUUUCAUACGUUCCUGUGGUUACAUGUCCAUCCUUAAAGUAUCUUUGCUAUCUCAUUCUAUUGAUUAUAUGGAAGUCAAGCCAGUCAAUUACCUGGUGGUCUUGAGUUACUUAACAGAAAAAAAAAAAAAAACUUUCAAAAAAAUCAUUUAUUUUUCCAUUCAAUAACAUUUGUAGGAAACAAAAGACAAAAAAAAAAGAAUUAUAACAUUUGUACUAAACAUCAAACGAGAAACUGUUGACGUUAUUUGGUUGAUACAUGGAUGAAUCCAGCUUAAAAAAGGGCCACUUCAGGACAUUUGGUUUGAUUUUUUUUUAUUUUGUAAUGCACUGUUAUGUUGGUUUUAAAAGCACAAUCACUAAACUUUAUUUUUAAACCAUUGUAACUAUUAACCUUUUUUUGUCUUAUUGAUAAAUGUUGAAAAUUCA